UGAAAAUAAAUCUAAGGGAGAAGAAACAGGUCCACACGACGUUGAAAAAAGCUGCCUCGCUUCCUCGUUUUCUUCUCCUGGAAGAAGCGGCGAUGCCUCGGCCAGUCGAUCCGGCGGCUCGUCCGGUCGAGCAGCCGGCGCCUUUUGCUCUCCAUUGCGUCGCCGGGGAAGAGCGUCGAUCGAAUCCACACCGAUCGGGAGCUUUCGGCGCAUUCCGAAUGGGGAGCGUCGGAGAGAUCGAGGCGGCGGCGCGGUGGGUCGGGACGUCGAGGAGUGCAAGACGACGCUGAGUUGGGCGGUGCGGAACUUCUCCGGGAAGCGGAUUUGCUUGCUCCACGUGCGGCAGCCGACGAGUGACUUUUUGCCUCCGCGAUUUUUGUGGUGGGAUGGAUUGAUUGAUUCGCGAGCGGCUUUUUAUUGUGAUUAGCUCCUUCGUUUUGCGUGUGCACUGGAGACUGAAUCGAUUGAUCGCAAUUUCUUCCUGAAUUUUCAUUUCUCCGUCGAGCAACAAGGCUUGGAUUAUUCGGAAUACGUGUUCCAAUUCGUUCAUUUCGCUUACGUUUAUGGCGUAGACUGAAGUAGAUUGAAAUUGCUUGAUUCUAGUAGUUUUCCGGUCGAUCUCUUUUCUGUUUGGCAGUGAGGUGUUCGGUUCACAGAACUCGACUAGAUUCCUUCAGUGUUAGUCAACAAAUAGACAGAAGAUUUGCCUUCAAUGUGUGUGUAACUCAUUUGUAUAUCUGUAAACUAGCUUUAUGGCUCGGAUUCGUCAGCAUAUGUUCUUUUGGUUAAUAUUUCUAUGGCAUUCAAAAUCUGCCAUCAUUUUGGGUCCAUUCACAACUUCAAUCGACAACGCAUUUUUUAAUCUCAUUUUCAUGGGAUUAUAACCUUCCCUGAGUGCGAUGUUUUCGCAAUUAUGUCCGCGUUGUUUUAUGUGCAGAAAACAUGGAGUUUGCUGCCAAUAAACCAAAACAGUGUGCAGUUUACCAUUUGCACGAAGCUGAGAUGCAGAAAAUGCCUGAAGUUCUCAAUGAGUACCUUGUGUUUCUUGCGCAGGCAGGAGUGGUAGACUCAGAUAAAGUUUGGAUUGAGAUGGACAGCAUUGAGAAGGGAAUCCUAGAAAGUAUUUCUCGAUACAAUAUUAGAUGGCUUGUGAUGGGAGCAGCAGCUGAUAAUGACAAUUCCAAGUUGGACUCCAGAAAAGCAGUAUUUGUUUGCCAGAAUGCACCGGAUUUCUCUCAGAUUUAAUUCAUUUGCAAGGGUUGCCUCAUAUACACAAAACAUCGGCACCAGGCAGCCAGAAUGCUUGAAAUCAGAACGUCCAACUUUUAAGAAAAAAUCUCUUGAUCGGCUCAUGAAUCCAGAAUGCAGGAUCUUUCAGCGAUCAAGAUCUGGGGAGAUCAGCAUUAAACAAUUGGGUAGGAGUUUUAGCAGAUUGGAAUUGUUUGAUGGGUACAUCGAUAAGAGCGAAGAUGACAGAGGACCAGCACUGAGUAGGCUCAGGUCACAGUGUUUAGAACAUCCAGCUAGCACAUCAAAAUUGUCUUUGCUUGGAUGUGAGAAAAUUCAAGGGCAAGCCGCUGGAGACCUCUUUUGUAGAUUGGAACAGGCAAUCGUGGAUGAUAAGAGUUCCAGGCGACAAGAGUUUGAGGAGGCAGUGAGGCAAUGGAUGGAGGAAGACAAUGCACUGGAUACUAAAAUGUCGAGGUGUUAAGGAGGCAUCCAAAUUUUGUCACACUUAUCGGAGCAUGUCCAGAAUCUCAGUCACUCGUAUACGAAUACCUAAAAGCAGGCAGCCUUGAAGAAUGCCUUUCGUGCAAAGGCAAAACAAACUGCCCCACUUCCGUGGAAAGUUCGAACCCAAAUUGCCACUGAUAUUUGCUCUGCACUUGUCUACCUUCACUCCCAUAAGCCUCCAAUUAUUCAUGGGAAUUUAAAAUCCUCCAAACUCCUCCUCAAUGCCAAUUUUCUUGCCAAAGUUGGCAACCUUGGCAUCUAUUGCUUAGUUCCCAAGUAUGAAAAUUCUAACAUUGCUAAAUCAGAUUCUGAGGUCACUUCACUUUACAAGGAUCCAGAAUUUUUAGUGAGUGGACAGCUUACUCCUGAAUUAGAUUCGGUAUUCUUUUGGAAUCAUCUUGUUACAGCUUGUUACUGGAAGAUCAGCUUUAAAUACUGUGAAAGACGUGAAAUGUGCACUAGAUAAGGGAAAUUUCGAUAAAGUAGUCGAUUUUUCAGCUGGGGACUGGCCACUCAAUCAAGCCAAAUGGUUGGCUCAAUUGGGCUUGAGGUGCUGUGAACAGAACAAGCUGGACUGCCCAGACCUUGUAUCGGAAAUUUCCAGCGUGAUCGAGUCAAUAAGGACUUUGUCUAUGGAAUCAGCUUCGAGUUCUUGUUCGAAGGAGCCUGGCAAGGUGCCUGCUCAUUUUGUCUGUCCCAUUUUACAGGAAGCCAUGAAAAAUCCACUUAUAGUGGCGGAUGGAAUUACAUACGAAGCAGAAGUGAUACAAGGAUGGUUGCAAAGCGGUCACAACACUUCCCCGAUGACCAAUCUCAAGUUGGGGCACAGCAACUUAGUCCCGAAGCCCUCCUCCAUGUAAUUCCAGUAUGGCAAGAGCUGCUGUAAAAUCUUUCCUCCCUUCAUGUACAUCUACUUGUCUACCCAAAAUAUUCUCAUAUGAUCCCUCGAGCCUCGAUGCCAAUUAGUUAUACUGAUUUGCAUAUAAAUCCUUGCUGUAAAGAACAAAGAAUUGUUUUAGUUCCACCAAUGGGAUAGUUAUUUUCCUCCUGUUAAUGAGUUUUCAUUGGGAAUUGCUGUCAUUUA